UUGGCCUCUUCCUAUGAUAAUGUCUGCUAGCCACCGUGGCACUGGUAUGGCAAUGAGUGGAGUGGUCUCCCUUUUUGGCUUGUCAGCCCUGUUCCUCCCUUGGAACUUUGAGACUUACUUGGAAUUUGUGAAGUCCCUGUAUCUGGGGCCAGCACUGAUCUACACAGCUAAGUUUGUACUUACCUUGCCUCUCACGUAUCACAUGUUCAAUGGGAUCCGACACUUGUCCUGGGACCUAGGAAAAGGCAUGAAGAUUCACCAGCUGUACCAAAGUGGAGUGGCUGUGUUGGUUCUUACUGUGUUGUGCUCUGCAGGGCUGGCAGCCAUGUGAAGAGCUGAAAUUUCCAGUUUCUAGCAUCAUCUUCCUGAAAAUUACAACAAUGAUUUAUCUUCCUGUUUGUCACUUUUAUCUCCAGCCAACAGAGUUCUCCUGCUUUGUUUAGAUCCUUUCCAGAUCCCCUAAGAGCUCAGUAGAGUAACUUACAGAAUCAAACUAUGGAAAAAAGGUGUUCUCCUCUUGUUUCUUAUGAUAGAAUAUCUGUAAAAACUCCCUUUUCCUGCCCACAGCUUGCAGCCUACUCUGGACCUAGGAGCCCUUCCUCCCUCUCCAUAUUGGACUUUGAUUUGUGCUGAGAGUCAGCUUUUGGCUCCUUCUUCCUGAGAGAGUAGAAACAAUGCCAGCUCUGUGGCUGCCCUGGGUACAGGGGUGAGGCUUAGGGUGCCACUGCCUGUGGGCUGCUUGUUUAAAGGACAGUUCUGUUCAUUGGUCAGAGCCCAGGGCCUUUAGCACCCACACAGUGUGACUGAAAGAAAAGAGGUGGGGGUGAAGGAGAAUUAUCCUGGCCCAGCUAGAGCAAGAUAAAGAGGGUGAGUGGUUCUUAGAGCAGAUACUUGGGGAAGAAGAUUUAUAGCUUUUUAUGCAAGAAGAUCCAGAAAGAAUAUUGUCUAUAUUAAGGUUUUUUUUUUUUUUUGUAUUUCUGAAAAAGCAAACCUCUUAAUGUCAUGUUUUCUAAUCCAAGUUCUUGUACCAUCUUUUUCUGAAUGUGAAUUAAAGUACUCAUUUUAUCCUUGACUCUCUUUGAAAUCUAGAGAAAUGAGGAGGAUGGCUACUGGGGAUGAGCCACUUUCUUCCCUCUUCCUUGGGUCUCAGACAUUUACAUCCCCCAGUGUGACCUUUCCCAGGAGGGAAACAGUUUAUCAGACAAGUGACCACUGGAAAAAAUUUUAGGGAAUCAAAUAUAAGUAGCCAGAGAUUUCGAUAUCAUAGAGAAGGCUCAGAAAAGGAAGAGAGAGAAGUUAAGGGUAUUGAGAGCUUUUGAAUUAUUUCAGGCUUCAAAACUCCACUGAGAACAAGUCAGGAACCACUGGCUCACCCUAUAAUCCUAGCUACUCGGGAGGCAGAGAUCAGGAGAAUCAUGGUUUGAAGAUAGCCUGGGCAAAUAGUUCUUGAGAUCCUAUCUCGAAAACAUCUA